UGGAAGACCUUCAGCCACGACUCCUGCCCACGCACUGAACCUUGCAGGGCUAGCCAAACUUUGCCAAUCGUAGACCCGCGAGCCAAAUGAUAUAAUUAACUCAAUUAACGCACUUCAAACGCCCUCCCCGUGUACGGAGGCCGUUGCAUAAAACCAACAUGUAAAAUACUUGCAGGUACAACCGCCGAUUGCAACUCUACUACUCAACAAUCGCGCGCGCGCGCCCAAUCCGGAAUAGUAGCGUACACAGAAUUCUCAGGCCUAAAUCGGUAUGUUUGGGCCGGGUUACCGACGUUUGGUACAACUGGCGUUCGGUGCGUAAGGCGAUAAGGUGAGGCCGGUCAGGCGGAACUCGCGCGAAGCAGCUGUUGGCCACCACCUCCCCACAGGUGGACUGGGUUAGGAGUGGUGAAAUUUGCAAGCAUUUCUUCGCCAAGUUACAGAUUAACUAUACUUUUCACUAUAAAAACCUUCACCGCCCAAUCAAAGCCAUCAGUUGUCCACAGUUCAUCAGUUCAGUCAGUUCAGUUUCAAUCGGUUUUUGUGCGCGGUUGUACAGUACUAAGGUUCAGAAUGUUCAAGCUUGGGUCUACGGUAGUGCUCCUGGUUGCGUUCAGCGCGGUGGUCCUCGGCAGACACGACGGAGAAGGUCGGCUGGGACGCCGCGGCGGCAAGAUCAAGUCUGGCAAGAACGGCCUGGCAUAUCUGGGAGCGCUUGGAGCAAGUACCUUCGGAGGAUUUGACAGCAGCUAUCAUCAUGGACCGACGUUCUCGGUGUACCCGUCCAACUACCUGCACGGUGGAUACGCCCCAAGCUACGGCUCCUAUGGACAUCACGGACACAAGGACGGUGGCUUCGAACAGCCCAAGAAGGGAUUCCAUCUGGGCUACGAGGUCGGCUACCAGGGCCACCUCGGAUACAUCAAGCUGAAGCGUGACAACCUGCGCCACGUCCAGGUCAGCCUCGGCCUGGGCCGUCCCGGUUCCACCGGUGGUGCCGGAUACGGGUCUGCCUUCCCGUACGCCACCGCACUCCUGCCCAUCCUAGCCUCCGGCAAGUAGGAGGCCUCCCCCGAGUGCACCACAAGACUUGUCAAAUGCAACAACAACUGCAACAGCUACAGCAAGAAGACGACAACCUCAUCCCACAAAAUCACACAACAUCUAACCUGGGAGAGUUCACACCGAAAUUCAACCAACCCGAGGAGUUCAAGGUCAGCCAACCUAACCCAGCCAGCCAGCCAGCAAAUCAGUCAACCUUGCGGCAAAAAAAUACCAACAACCGCAAAACUAAAAAAAACAUGCAGGAAAAAAACGGCAAACAUGGACAGCCAAGAGCCACGCGCAAGCUUAGGGGGUUCAGGUGUAGCAAAUUCACAAUUAUACAUGCAUCAACAGCAGCAAACAAGCGAGUAAUAGUUGGUUGAGUCGAGUGUCGAGCGACCGAAUUUAAAGACUAGGAAAAAAAAAAACUAAAAUCAGUAGCUGUAGCAUGUUUUGCAUAAUUGCUACUUAAAAAGCGUGGUUCAAUUAGAUGAACCGAUUUGUUUUAUAGAUUAGAUAGGCACACUUUGAAAUGGAGCGGAAAAAUGGAGCAUGCAUGGUUAUGAUAAAACCGAUUGUGUGAUACCGUGACCGAAUAAAAUAAACA